ACAGGGGUAAAGGUGGACUGCAUUGUAGCGCACAGACUGUAAUUUGACUGCCGCCCUCACAGUGCCAGUCGGAAGAUUCUUUUCCGUCUAUGAGCGAAGUGCAUCUCGGAAACUUUUACAUUUAUUUAUCCAAUAUGUCCAUCAGUCGGAAGAACUGGUCGGCUUUGUCCAGCCUAGCACGCCAGUGGACAAUGGAGGACGAGGAGGAGGUGGAGAGGGAGAAGAGGAGGAAGGAGAGGAGCUCAAGCAGCACCGCCGAUGCCGAUGUGGACUUCAGCCAAACACCCAGAGACACGACCACCAGUGACAGUGCCUUUGGGACAGGCUCCACAAGUGAGACGUCCCCGGGGCUCAACAGUGUGGAACAGAUGCAGCUGGACUUUGUGGAGAUGCUGCGCGCGCGGGAUGAAAAGCGGAGGAUGAGGCAGGUGGAGACGCUGAGACGACAGAAGGAGUUAGGGGAGGAUGAAGCAAUGUCCGGCGGAGGUGGAGCCAGGGUGGAGCUACUGGGGGACUUAGAUGAGGACCAGGGUAGUGUGUUGCCCUCUGGGAACUCUGCAUCCAAACCACAACCACCUCCAAAAACAGCCUCUUACAGUCACACCAACAGCAGCAAUACCAGCACUAACAACACAAGCAGACAACAUGAAAAUGGAGAGUCGUCGUGCAAGGACCUUGAUCCAAAGCCAUCAUCCAACCCGACUCGCAAGUUUGUCAGUUCUGUCUCCAUCUCACUCGACAGAAGUCCUUCCACCUGCACGACUCCCAUGAGCCCUUGUUCUCCCGUGUCACCUCAAGAACACUGGCCGUCGCCUUGUGAAAGUCCCUCUCUGGAAGGAGCUCAAAGCCCUGCUCAGAAUGGGCAUGCAAGAGAGAAUGAGUCUUCCUCCAGCACCAACUUUGAACAAACAACCAAACCUGCGUUUGUCAGACAGAGCUCCAGGACUGUAUCUUUCAGGAUGAUGAGGAAGAAAGAAGAGGACAGUGCACCACUGCACCGGAGUGCGAGUAUGAGGAUUGCCUCCAAGAAGUUUGAAACCAACACAGACCAGGUCCAAAAUGAAGAUGAAGACAAAGCAUCAUCUUUCCAGAGAAACUCGAGGCAGAGGAUUUCGUCCAGGUCCAUUAAGGAGAAGAUGGAGAGACUGGCUCAGGCUGCGCAGAAGUCUGAAAUGGUGCGAUCUCCAGAUGUGACUCAGAGGACCCUCUUCCUGUUGGAUGAGGUGUCCAGGAAGAGAGGCCUCUUUGAGAAGGAGCAGCCUGCGGCAUGCCCCACCAGCCCGGGAGUUUCCAGACAGGAAUUUAGGAGCUUCACAUCAGGAAUGUCAGACCGUAUUAACCAGUGGCUCAACAAGACCAACCAAACUGGGCCUUCGCACAGUCCUGUUGACUUGAGACACGUGGACAUCACCAGUAAGAGGAGCCUGUUUGAGAGCAGUGGAGGGGACUCAAAAACCAGCUCUGGAAAGUGAAGGAUGCCCAUUUAUAAUAGCCAACAGAAGAUGGUGAGAGAAGAAGAAGACAACUGGAAGAUUAAUGGAUGCCAUGUCUGACUGAUUCUUUCUUCAAGCAUUUUGUGGUUUUUUUUGUGUGGUUUUUUUUGUUUGUUUGUUUGUUUCUUCACUGCCAAAGCACACAGGAGGAACAGAUAUGCAAAAUAGAGAAUAAAGGGAGCUGAGUUUUAGCUGUAGAGGAUUAAAAAGAAGGAUACUGCUUUUAAAGUUAGGCAACUUCAAUCAUACACUUUAGCAUUGCUUCUUCAAGUAUAAAUGUGUCCCAGUUCAAGCACUGAAACUCCAAUGUGUAAAGAAAAGAGUAAAAUUAGACAUGAGACGUAAAGAAAAGUGAGAAAAAGGAGAAGGCAGUGAUAUAUUUGCUUUAAAACUUGAGCUACUUACCUUAACUUUGUGUAAUUUUGAAAAGCACUUUAAACGGGUGAGGGUUUUAAGGUUAAUGAUAGCUAUGUUUAUUGAAUUACAGUAGUGGGAAUUCUGGAGUUGUAAUUAUAUGUUUUUGUCUAAUCAGCCAAAAUAUAUUUUUUGUUUUGUGGGCAAAGAUGCUGCCUGUCUGAGGAAUAAAAUGUUUUAUUAUGACAAA